AUGUCUCCGGCUUAUCGCAGCCUCUCUAGCCGCAUUGUGUCCCUUUGGCUGGGCCUUCUCUUGCUCCUUAUACGCGUGGACGCAUACGAGAAGAUCUCAGAUGCGACUUUAAACGCUCUUCCGCGGCCGAACGACGACUUUGACAUUCACAAUGGCGCCUUGUUGUCACCAAUACUAAGGACCCGCGUCCCUGGCACUCCGGGCUCCACCGCGGUGCUUAAUCACUUUGCUGACUUCUUUCGAAACACCCUGCCAGAAUGGACAAUUGAGGUGCAUAAUUCAACUGCCAAAACACCGACAUCUAAGGGCAAGGAAGUUCCCUUUAAGAACUUUAUCGCAACUCGUGAUCCUCCCUGGGCUUCGGCUGGUGACGUCGAGCGCUUGACUCUUGUCGCCCAUUAUGACAGCAAGAUCGAGCCGAAAGGGUUCAUCGGAGGUAUCGAUAGUGCUGCCCCAUGUGCGAUGAUCAUGCAUGCAAUGCGCAGCAUUGACGCUGCGUUGGCGAAGAAAUGGUCCGCAAUGAAGGAGCAGGGCCUCGACGAGCCUCUUGAAGACGCAAAUGGCAUCCAGGUCAUUUUCUUGGAUGGCGAGGAAGCCUUCAAACAAUGGAGUGACACUGAUUCCCUGUAUGGUGCACGUGCUCUCGCGACACAUUGGGAUGAUCAGUUUUACCCGGCGAUGUCGGAGUUUAAGACUCCGCUGUCAUCAAUUUCUCUGUUUGUUCUUUUGGAUCUCCUCGGUUCGAAGUCACCCACCAUUCAAUCUUACUAUGAGACUACUCACUGGGCCUAUCAAAACUUGGCUGCCCUCGAAAAGCGUUUCCAAUCACUUAAACAAUUCAAAUCUUCCUCGACUGACUCAUGGUUCAUUGAUUCCGAGAAGGAUGGCCACAAGCUCACACCCAUGGGUGGUAUCCAGGAUGAUCACCUUCCUUUUCUCGCCAAAGGAGUCGAAGUUCUCCACCUCAUUGACUAUGCUCCAUUCAAGGGCUUCCCUUCUGUCUGGCACACAAUUGAUGAUGACGGUGAACAUUUGGAUACGGAAACCGUCGAAGAUUGGGGCAUGCUUGUUACCGCCUUUGCUGCUGAAUGGAUGGAGUUGGAAGGGUAUUUCGAUCACCCUGCAACUAUCAAGGGUCGCAGUGACCAAGAACCUGCAGAGGCCGAAGCCAUUCGUUUGAAUAAGAAGACCGAGUUGUAA